AUAGGAAUAGCUUGGGUUGUUAAACAGGGGCUCGGGCCUCAGUCCGCGGUCUUGAGUUGAGCAACCUUUCGGGAUCCAACGUGAUUCAUUGUGCCAAUACACCUACGCAAGCUGGACGUUCGUCAUGGGCGACAGCAGAGAUUCUCGCAGUCCAGACAGCUCCUCUGUGUCGUCACCACCUUCAGGCCAGCGUUCACCCCCACUGGCUUCCUUAGCAGCUGCCAUGACCUCAUUGCCUCCUAUUACCUCAGCGGUCAACAGUCCCAUUAGUAGCAUAGGAUCACCCUUCUCUGUCAUCAGUUCUUCACUGGGCUCCCCAUGCCUACCUGGGACACCCUCCGUGGGCUAUGGCCCUAUCAGCAGUCCCCAAAUCAAUUCCACUGUGUCAAUGUCUGGUCUACAUGCUGUUAGCAGUUCAGAUGAUGUAAAGCCACCGUUUGGCCUGAAGCAACUUUCGAGCCACAGUCCUGGACCCACGCUUUCUCAGAAACGCCUUUGUGCAAUUUGUGGUGACCGCUCCUCUGGUAAGCACUAUGGUGUGUACAGCUGUGAGGGAUGUAAGGGCUUUUUUAAGCGCACUGUGAGAAAGGACUUGAGCUACACUUGCAGAGAUAACAAGGACUGUAUGGUCGACAAGCGCCAGAGGAACCGUUGCCAGUACUGCCGCUACCAGAAGUGCCUGGCUAUGGGCAUGAAGAGAGAAGCCGUUCAGGAAGAGCGUCAGAGGAACAAAGAGCGAGAUGGGGAAGCGGAGUCUACCAGUGCAGUGAAUGAAGAGAUGCCAGUAGAAAAGAUUCUGGAAGCAGAAAUGGCUGUGGAACAGAAAACAGAAAUGCAUUCUGAUGGAAGCUCAGUGGCCAGCUCUCCAAAUGAUCCUGUCACUAAUAUCUGCCAGGCAGCUGACAAACAGCUCUUCACUCUUGUGGAGUGGGCCAAGAGGAUCCCACAUUUCUCAGAACUGCCUUUGGAUGAUCAGGUCAUCCUCCUGCGUGCUGGCUGGAAUGAGUUGCUGAUCGCUUCAUUUUCCCAUCGCUCCAUCACAGUAAAGGACGGCAUUCUGUUGGCCACUGGUCUCCAUGUUCACAGGAACAGUGCACACAGUGCAGGUGUUGGAGCUAUCUUUGACAGGGAGAGUGCGCACAAUGCAGAGGUUGGGGCCAUAUUUGACAGGGUGCUAACUGAACUAGUGAGUAAAAUGAGAGAUAUGCAGAUGGACAAGACUGAGUUGGGCUGUCUGAGAGCCAUCAUCCUUUUCAACCCAGAUGCAAAGGGGCUGUCCAGCCCGAGUGAGGUGGAAUUGCUCAGAGAAAAAGUCUAUGCAUCUCUGGAGGCUUAUUGCAAGCAAAGAUACCCUGACCAGCAGGGCAGGUUUGCCAAGCUUCUCCUCCGGUUGCCAGCCCUGCGAUCCAUUGGCUUAAAGUGCUUGGAGCACCUGUUCUUUUUCAAGCUGAUUGGUGACACUCCAAUCGACACCUUCCUUAUGGAGAUGCUGGAGGCUCCCCAUCAGCUGACCUAAUGUGGACUGAACUCAACCCACUUAAAUCCGGUUUGCACCAGGGUUUACCAGCUUCUUGGACUUUGGGGCUUCACUGUGUCUCCUAGUUAAAUCUCCAGCUCAUACCAUCCUUUAUUCUGUCCUCCUUUUUUCCCCCCUUACUGCUUUGUUGCCUAUGCUGGAAUAGCCCUAAAAAGAUUUUAAGCUGUUGGAAAAUUAAGCAAAAAAACAUGCAAUUUCUGGUUAAGACUUUACACAGGGAAGCAUUCAUACAGGUUAUGAAGCAUAUCUUAAGAUAGGCUUCAGUUUUCGAUGUUAUCUUCCAAUUUUAGAGCUCCUGUAUUGACAGUAGUGUUCAUGUGUUUUGUUUAUUUUUACAUGCUACACAAAAGCAGUUCAAAUUAAUUGACCAAAUGCAUAGCUGUAUUGACCACAGCAUGAAAUUUCAUUAGAUAAACUUUCAUAUAACAUCCCUAUUGGCUACGAAAUUAAGCGCAGACAAUGCCCAUUUGCAGGCUCUUUAUCUUACAUGCCAUUCUGGGGCUUAUGCACUGUAUGUGCUGUACUCAUGGAAUGAGUGCAUUGGAAUGCGGCAUGGAAAAUUCAGGAUCUUGUAGUCUGGCCUUGUUUAUGCACAAAAUGUAUGUGGGAUGAUUUUACUGUGUUGGAUUUAUUUUUGCUUAUAUCCAGCGGAGGGUAAAAAGUAGAGCUGGGCACUAUGACAAAAAUCAAAUAGCGUGAUACUUUGUAUGAUACAUGAUAUGUCACGAUAUUUAUUUUUUAAGGCAUCUGGUCAGUUGGAACAGAGAAAAAAGAACCAGUAGUGUUACAUUAAAAAAAAUCCUAUCAAAAACUGUGAACACAUUUGAUAUGAUUUUUAUCCCAUAUUUGGCGUACUUGUGUUGCACUAAAUCCGGUUAAAUGGGGCUAAUUUUGCUCUGGUUAUAAUGAACGAUGCAGUUCGUCAGUGUUCACGAUAUCCACAGUAUGGUCAGAAAAUCAUAACGUACUCUUUUGUGACAAUUUAUUGUGAGAAUGAUACAUGUUGUCAUAUUGCCCAGCCCUAGCAAAAAGGCACAGUGAGAAUUUUGUAGAAAUUUUUGAAUGGGUUGUUUUGGUUUUUUGCAGUUUAUUCUGUAAGAACUGACUGUGAUCUACAGAUCUGUUUAGCUUCACAGUUCCAGGUGUCUCCAUAUGUCUCUCAUGUGGUCCAUUGCUUGGAUUCUUAAAAAAGAACUAGAAAUAACUUGACCCCAGAGACAUACAGUGUGUUUGUCGAUCGGUCACGGACCAACAGGGGUGACCAGCUUCUUUCUUUCCAAAGAUAUCUACUCUGCUGGUGGUAUACUACUGACUGUGUUUAACCUGAUGUAGGAACAAGCCUUAUGAAGGACAUUCAUGAUGGAUCUGUGAAAGGUUAUUUUCUACAUUCUAUCUAUAUUGAUGUCUGUGCAUUUUUCACAUUUGCCAAAACCCCAUAGCCAGAUUCACUUAUGGAUUAUUAAGCAUUUGGAGUAUCUGGUGUUAAUUUUUGAUAAGAGUAAUUAUUCUGUAAUCAGGAGUUAAAACCAGCAUCUGUCACAGUCUAUGCAUUUGAGGAAUACAUGCAUGAGAUGGCACAAUCUUGCACUUCCUCGUGUGCACAAUCCACGAACAAAGUGCUUGCCAACUAUAAGUGUACAUGGAGGAGUGUUGAUGCACAUUCUAAACUCUUGGAAAGGUGUACUAGUUGUAAGAAAAAAAGAAAAAAAUCAUGUAUAUAAAUGACCAUUCUACAGACUAUAUGUCAUGCAAGCAAAGCAAUCUCUUCAUACCAGGUGCUUUUACUCCUGAAAGUUUGGAAGCACAGGCCAAGCCCAGAAUUAUUUAUUUGAUUUUGUAGUUAAUAAAUGAUAUUUUAGUGGAUAGAAUGGAGCACGGCUGUCCAGCUCUUGUCCUGCUGGGCUUCUGUCUAGCAGAGUUUGGCAGUACCCCUGCUUUUGGUUUUAAUGGCUUUAAUAUGGAGUCAUAUGUAUUCAUACAUACUAGAAUUCGUCACUCGUCUGCAACUCCAUAAAUCUCCCAUUACGUUUGUAAACAUGUAGAGAAAUUUAUGUUUGUCUCAAAAAGAAAAAAGAUUGUGCAGUGAGUUUCAUCUGCUAGUACAGUUAGUGCAAAGUUCCCCCAUUGUUUUCAGAAGCCUGGUCAAGCAGUGGUCUAUCAGCAACUUCUGGUUAAUUUGCCAUUCUUUGCUUUGAAUUUUCAUCAGGGGCACAUUUUACAUCCUUUGGUAUCAUUUUUCCUAUUCUUUGUGUGACAGUUGCCCUUCUGGCUUCCAAAAAUCCUUCAUGUCUGUUGUAUUCUUUUUUUGUUUUUUUAAUAUUGCCAGUGCUAGAAUUUUUUACUGUCCUCUAUUAAACAGUGGUACUGUAAUAUCUUCAUCCUUGUGAUUAAGUUCUUCGUGGGAAGGAUGUGUAGUUAAACAUACAAAUUUUGUGGACAUUGGUGCAUUGUUGGAUGUGUUAUUUUGAAUAUAUCCACUUUGUUCUGUGUGAAAGUUUGUUUUCGAGCAGUACCCUAUACCCAAUCAGCUUGCAAUAACACAGAAAGUGAUCAAAGUUGUAAGGUGGAGCUUUGACUAAGGUGGACUGUUUAACCAGACUAAAAAUUUUCUUGAAGUGCAGUGGCCGUCAACAUCCGUUACUUGUUUAGGAUUUGCUGAGCUUGAUUAUGUUGUUCUCUCAUGGAUCACCCUGACUGUUUUUUUGGGGGGAAAGCACAGCUAUCUUUUUUUUCUACAAAAUAAACAGUCCUGUGAUAUACCUGAAAUUAUAUAGUAGUGCCAGCCAUGCAGGUGUCAAAAAAUUUCUCUGCAUACUGCACAAGGGUGCUGUGUUAAAACGAUAAUUUAAGAAGGAUGAAAUCAUGUUGAAAAUUGUGCUCCAAAAUCAAGGAAUGCACCAUUUUAAUUUUAUAUUUUUUAAACAUUUUCCUCCUUCUUUGCUAUGUCUCUUAUGUGGAAAGUCCUUCUGAGCAUGUCCUGAAAUAUGCAAACUGUGAACCAGCGAGAAAUUGAGGGUGGUUUUAUAUUUCUCAGUGUAUGAGCCUGUUUAAGGCAGCAACAGUACGUUAGUAGAGGAAAUACAAAGCUAUAAAUCAAUACAGCAGAAACAGUUUUCCGAGCCCUAACCUUAAAACUGAAGUUGUUCCGCCAUUGCACAUAUUGAAUGGCAAUACCCAAGACGGAAAACCUCCCUUUUACAAUUUGCUCACUGAGGACAAACGAAUUAAAAUGUGACAGACAGUUGACAGCGCUGGCUAUGAGAUAUAAGAGGAAAAAAAAUCUUAUAUUUAAAACAAGACGGCUUCUCCCGGUAUUGCCAAGCUAUUUUGUGCAUUCUGAGUGUUUGCGUAUUAAAGUGCACAAAAAUCACUUACGAUCAUUUCAGACGUCUAUUUCCGCGACACAGCCUUUAACAGACUCUGGCAGUUCUAUUAAUGAUGGGCUGUACGGUGACUGAAGAUGUUUUUCCUGUUGUAUCAUGUCUAAAUAAAGGUUUAAAUAUUGUAGAU